AUGAAAUUAAAAUAAGAAAGGAAAAACGUAAUAUUGUUUUGUUUGAGUCGCAAUGUGCAGAUUAUUGUAUGUGUGCUGGCGAUCUAAGAAGACCGCCAAUAUUAGUUUUUCUCUGUUGCAGUGAUUAGUUGGCUGUGGGCGCUGUCUUCCCAAUCUCCGGUGAAGUCAAGAGAGUCCAAAGUUAUUCUUCUUCUCUCCUUUCUGGAUCCUGCACCUGUCUCUAUCGGAUUUUAAUUUAACCGGAAAAUGGAUAAGGAAAAGAAGAAGAGAAAAAACAAAAAGAAGAAGAACAAGCAGAUUAGAACCUCAGAAGAUGAAAUGGUUGUAUCAGAAUCGACUUCCGUGGAUGAUACUCACCCUAGAAAUCGACAGAACGAUCAAAAUCCAAUUUCUGACACACUAAUUUCAUAUCAGCAUAGCAGCGGAACAAAAGAUGCUAAGCUGGAUGAUACAAUUAAGCAUUUACAUGAGGAAAACAACAUACAUAUAAAAAGAAUGGCUGACUUAGACUUGAAGCUCGUAGAAUGUGAGGGUGAAAAAUACUCAUGGCUUCAAAAAGAGGAAGCGUUAAUGGAUAAAAUUAGAAACUUACAAGAGGACAAGACUGCCUUGGAUUUAGAAGGGGCCAGGUUAUUGAACAUAAUUAAGCUUUUAGAGAGAGAUAAAGCUUCAUUGAUUCUUGAUGAGAAAUCAAGCAGGGAGACGAUAGUGGAUAAGAACAAGGACAUUUCUAGGUUACAGGCACAAGUUGUGGAGUUGGAAGAACAAAAACGUGAUCUGUUGCAUGAAAACAAACAACUGACGGGAAAGGUUGCUGACUAUCAGUCAAAACUUCUGAACCUUGAGAGGAAAAUAUCUUCCACUUACAUACACUCUUCAGAUCGAGUCACAAAGGAGAUAUUGAAUUCACAAGUUGAUGCAGCUCGUAUUCUGGUUGAUAAAUUGAUUACAGAAAAUGCAGAGCUUAUUGGGAAGGUGAAUGAAUUAUUUGUUGAGCUUCAAAGAGUUACGAAGACUGAGCUACCUUCAGGCGUGGUACCUGACCAGAUGGCUACAGAAGCUACUGACACUACCACUUUCAACGAAUCUGAGCCUCCCGUAAUUCUGAAUAGUGUCACAUCCGGUAAAAGUUUGGAUGCAUUAAAAUCUGUUUCAAUUCACAGCCAUAGCAUUGGUGGCGAUUUUGUGGAUCUGGGUAGCGAUUUUAUGGCUUCAGAGGCUUCAAUGCCUAUGGCGGCUGGAGAAAUCGAACAGAUUCAGUUGCAUCAAUUUGAAGAUCAGAACGGGACCAGAGAACUGCCAGCUACAGAGAUCGAUGAGAAGGAUGUGUUGCUUUCAGAUGCUCCUUUGAUUGGGGCUCCUUAUCGGUUGAUAUCAUUCAUGGCCAAAUACGUAAGCGGUGCUGACUUGGUUGGCAAAAGUUGAUUGCUAUGGAAUCCUAUUUUUGAAUCAUCCGGGAGCUCAAGUAUGAAUUACUCUUUUUAUACAGAAGUUAUGUUUUUACGCGAGAUAUAAAAGGAAGAAAGCAACCCCAGGUAUUAAAACCAAAGCUGAGGAUAGAUGACUUGCGUCAAUUGAUUUUUUAAAGCCAUUCUUUCCAAUGCCUAAUUAUUAUGCACUUCAAAACCCACCAUUUCAUGUUCUAAGAACUUUUCAGACCCCAUCUUCACGUAAUAUGAGCUAAUUAAUAAAAUUUUAUCUUAUAUACUGUGUAAUAUUCUUAUAAAAAUGAGAAAACAAGUCUAUGACUAGCAGUUUUUUA